AUGUCGUCAGAUAUAGCUCCACCGGUUAUGCCAAGCUAUAUACCAUUUGACCAAACUUAUGUUCUUUACGACCCCAAUGACAUAAUAUCCAUCGUAGCAGUGCAAUUCACUUUACUACCGGUAUACAUCAUGGUGUUUUACCUACUGUGGUUCCUCGUCACGAGAGAAAUUGAACCAGUGAUUGUGGUUGCUGGGCAUUUGUGUUCGGAAAUUGUCAAUAAGAUUUUAAAAGUUUUACUCAAGAACCCAAGGCCUGAUUUUCAUCGUGAGUUUGGUAGUGGUAGUCUUAGUUAUGGGAUGCCUAGUGCUCAUUCUCAAUUUAUUGGGUUUUUCGCUGCUUAUUACACGUGCAUUAUCGUGUUCAAGAUUGGACAUUUGAAGAAAUGGCAGAAAUUGACAUGGGCUGUGAUUUUGGCUAGUGUAGGGUUAGGUGUUGCUGGAUCACGAGUGUAUUUAAUUUAUCAUACCUGGCAGCAAGUAGUCGUUGGAGUUACAGUUGGAGUUGCGUUUGGCAUUUUCUACUUUAUAUUUAGCUCGUUGGUGAGAGAUGUUGGACUCGUUGACUGGGUAUUGAAUUGGCCUGUUGUCAAAAAUUUUCACAUCAAGGAUUCUUAUCAUCACUGUUAUCAAACUUUUAAAGAUGAGUAUGAUACUUACUUGCUACAAAAGAGAAGUGUGAAAGAGUUGAAAAAGAAGAAUAUAUGA